AUGUUCUCUAUUACAAACCCCCUUCCCUAUGAAUGUCAAUCGUGCCAUACACAUUACAGCAAUAAAGCAAUUGCUGUGGCAUGUCGAAAGCUAUGCCUGGGAAAGAUACUGAAAGCUAUGAUGAAUGGCAAAGUAUCAGAAGAUGACUCCUCUUCUGAGUCAAGACAGUUUAUGUUACCAGCAAUUCUUAGCUUGAUACUUGAAGAGAACACAAAUAUGAUUAGUAAUGAAAUCAGUGACAUUAGCAACAAGACUGACCUUGAUGAGCCUAUGUACGAUAUUGAAUAUGAGAGCAACAUGGGAGAAUCAGUUGACAUGGAUGGAAGUGAAAGUGCCACCUCUCCUUUAGUUUUCGAUUUCAGCCAACCUUCUCCUAUCCCAAGCAACGAUGAUACAAAAAACCUGGAGUUCAUUAAAAUCAUCAAUGACUUCGGCAUUUCCCAUCAAGCCCACGAGAAGCUUGCUGCACAUCUCAACAGCAUUCUGGGGAUGUCAACCAAGAUAACAUACAGAGUGUGUACACUAUACCUGGGCAAGGAGCUCUUGAAGUGUUUCUCUGGUGAGGAGGAAACAGUAUACGACGUCUGCCAAAGUGGAUGUAUAAUGUUUAACAAGGCAGAGGAGGUCGCUUGCAAACAUUGUGGCAAAGCUCACUACAAAAGCAACAAAACGGAUAAGAACAGUAUGCUCAUUGCUGAGAAAACCAUGGUUCAGAUUUCUUUGUCAAGGCAUAUUGCCCUUUCUUUGGCCAACAGUGGUACCAGACACGAGAUGUUAUACUGCCACAAUCAUGAGCAAAAGGCAGAUGGCAGCAAGGCAGACAUCUUUGAUGGGCACACAUACCAGUCAAUCAAGCAUUUUUUCUCCGGUGAAAACGAUGUUGCAAUUUCUUUGUCUGUCAAUGGAUUUGCAUCCCAUAACGUCCCCGGUUCGAUUACUAUUCUGCAUGCCACAGUUCUUAAUUUUUCUCUAAUGGUCCCUUAUGAGAAAAGCCGGAUGUUGCAAAUUGCAAUGAUCUCAGGUCCUUCUGCACCACUUGACUUUUGGUCAUUUUUGAAGACAACCUUGGCAGACCUCAAGGUACUCCAGGAGGAAGGAAUGAUUGUCAUGACCCCAACUCUCACCAUCCGCGCAAAGGUCCAUGUUCUCAUGGUAACUGGUGAUAUUCUGGCAGUGGUGAAACUGGCAUGUCACACUGGCCAUAUGAGCAAAAGUGGUUGUCGAAUCUGUAAUGUUGUGGGCCAAACUCCUGGCCAUAGCCAAUAUUUUAGAUCUUUGCCAGACACCACUAUGCGCACUUUGAAAAGCUUUCAAAACUUUGAUCCAGCAAAUUUGUCUAGCAAGGGUCUUGUAGGACAAUCUCCUCUUUCUUCACUGGCAUCAUUCACGGGCCCGCUCUUUUUUACCCUUGACAAGAUGCAUGGCCUUUGCCAUGGAAUAGGCGAACAGGUCUGGGGACUUAUUGGUGGAAAGUAUGGAAUUAAACACUCUCUGUUUCUUCCUGCCAAUGUACUUAAAGAAAUUGGCGUGGCAAUGGCAGCAACAAGAAAAACAGUUCCAACGGCAUUUCAUGGCUCUUGGAGAAACGUAUCCAAGUACAUUGGAUACUUCAAGGCUGUAGAUUGGGCUGACUUCCUUCUCUUCGCUGUCCCUACACUGGUGGCUGAGCGUGUAAGAGAUACAACUGCUAGAAAAGCAUUGCUUGGACUUGUGCAAGCUUGUAACUUACUCAUGAGCUGA